AUGAAAGGUGUUAAGCAUUUUGGUAAGAAAGGGAAACUUAGUCCGAGGUAUGUUGGCCCUUUUCAGAUUCUGGAGAAGGUUGGACCAGUUGCUUAUCGUAUUGCUCUGCCAGAGCAUUUUGGUGGAAUUCAUGAUGUUUUCCACGUGUCGUCUUUAAAGAAGAGCUUUGGUCAGCAGGAGCCACGUUUCGUUGAUCCAGAGAGCAUUCAACUCCGGUCUGAUCUCACUUAUGUAGUUGUUCCAACUCAGAUCCUUGACAUGAAGGAGCAACAAUUAAGAUCCAAGUCGAUACCUUUAGUUAUGGUAUCUUGGGGAGAUCCAUUAGCCCAGGAUUUUUCGUGGGAGAGAGAGGCAGACAUGAGAAAGUUCUACCCUUACUUAUUCGGGUAG